AUGGAUAGGAUCAGUAAUCUGUCUGAUGAUUUGCUCUUGAAGAUCGUUUCAUCACUUCCUACCAAAAAUGUAGUCGCCACAAUGGUCUUGUCGAAAAGAUGGAGGUUUCUCUGGACGAUGCUUCCAAAACUUCAUUUUGUUCAUGCUUCUGAAAUCGAGCCUUCUGAAUAUGAAAAAUUUGUCAGGUAUGUGGACAGAUCAAUGGUAUUGAACAGAGCUCCGGUUCUAGAAACUUUGAAGUUCGAUACUUGUUGCAGCUCUGAAGAUAUGGUCACAUGGAUCAGAAUUGGAAUGGUUUGCGGUGCGCGUGAACUUGAAAUUUUUUACUGUUCAGGAAAUUAUGAUACCGCAAUCAUAUUACCAAAGAGUCUUUACACUUAUGAGAAGCUCGAGGUCUUGAAACUCACUUACGUGGACGUUCCUGAUGCCCCUACUGAUGUUUUCUUUCCAUCCCUGAAAACAUUACACCUUGUGUAUGUAUCGUAUGGGUCCACCGGAGAAUGUUACUGUACGCUUUUAUCAGGCUGUCCUGUUCUUGAGGAGUUGGUGUUGGACAAAACUGAAGUUUCAGGUUUGCCGUCCUUCUCUGUUGAAAUGCCUAAUUUACAAAGAUUAUCUAUACUUGAUAAACGUGAUUCAGACAACGGCCAAGAAUUAGACUAUACGAUUGUGUUCAAUGCGCCGUCUUUGAAGUACGUGAACUUUGUUGAUUUUUAUGGUGACUUGUGUUUGUCUGGGAAUAUGCCUGAGGUGGUUGAGGCAAUUGUUAGUGUUGCUCACGAAAGUCCCGAGAAGCUGCUGGAAUGUCUUACAUCAGUCAAGCGCCUCUGCUUAUGUUUAGUAGCGCCAAUGCUUCAGCACCGGAUUGUAUUUUAUCAUCUUGUUCAUUUGGAGCUAUGUGGAGGUUAUGAAGGGUGGUGGGAUAUGCUUACUUGGAUGCUCGAAAGUUCUCCUAAACUACAAGUUCUCAAGCUCUUCUCGUGCAAGGAACACCAUGAGGCCGAGCCCAUUGAAGGUCAUUGGAGAGGACCCAGUUCAGUUCCUGAAUGUUUGAUGUUCCGUCUACAUACUUUCAAGUGGGAAGAUUACAAUACUGAAGACGAAGAGAAGAAGAUAGUGGCCUACAUCUUGAAGAACGCAAGAGAGUUAAAGACUGCUGGUAUCUCUGUGCGGAAGAAGGACUAUUCGAAGGAAAAGCGAGCUCAGAAACUCAGUGAGUUGGUUUCUCUGCCUAGAGCUUCAAGCUCAUGUCAGCUUAUUCUGGAUUGA